AUGUCUUCCGAUGGGAUUGAGAAUCCAAUCAGAGUUCAGACCUGGUCUGAAUACGGACAGACACGGUUCGGGGAUAGCCUUGCUACUAUCGAAGAUUCAAUUUUUCCAGAAAAGACAUUGUUCAGAGGGAUAUACGGCGACAUCGUAGAGCUGCUGAGAGUACCAAUAGAUCCAGUGGUGAUUCGAGCCCUUGCCAAAUGUUGGAAUCCAGCUUACUGGUGUUUCACUUUCGGUAAAGUAGAUAUGACCCCUACCUUAGAGGAGUAUACGACUUUGUUGAACAUCCUAAAUGUUAGAAGACAUUCCAUUUACACCAAGGUAAUUCGACCUAAAGGGUUCAUAGCCAAGAUGAUCACGUUGACGGGAAAGACUAAGGAGUGGGUCGAAGAGUACAUUCGUGAUGAGGGGAUCUCCUGGGCUCAGCUGAAGAGUUUAAUUUACGAGCAAACUCCAUCGAAAAGAAGAAGAGAUCACUUCGCACUUGCAGUAUAUGGUUUGGUAAUUUUCCCUAGGAACGAGGAUCACUUCGACAUCGCCUUAAUCGAUUUCGUCAAAGCUAUCGCUAGAAAGAAUCCCGCACCAGCCAUCCUUGCGGAAACAUUUUUGUCACUGAACCAGUGUAGACGAUUAGGGGGAGGUCAAUUCAUUGGAUGUGCCUCAAUGUUACUAGUUUGGUGGUGGAGCCACUCCUGGAUAGUCGAGAAAGGCUGUGCUCAGAGACAUCAAUCAAAUUUUUCGCCUCUAGUGGAUUUCCUCGAUAAAUGCCAAAUUCCAGAGCAUCGUAAGAGGAAAGACUGGGUUGAAGCUCUCCGUAACAUGAAAGAUACUGAGAUAGUAUGGAAGGCUUAUUGGUUACCCAAAAAGGACAUACUUUUCAGGUGUGGUAAUGAUAGUUUUAUAAUGCUACACGAAUUAUGGGGAGCUAUCGGUUAUACUCCGCUAAUUGUACUCAGACAGUUUGGUACCCGACAGUUCGUACCAGCUACCCACGGCCUGAAAGAGGCAGAGUUUUCUUUUUCUACUCCAGGUUACCGAGAGCAGAUUUCAAAGAUCUACGUGGCUUGGCAGAAGCCUCAAUGCAUGAGCUUUAAGAUGAUAGAGCCUGUAUUCACGCCGGCCUAUGAGUUUUGGAGGUCGCAGAGAAUUAAUAACAACACACCUAAGCCAAAUUUAGAGGACCAGUUGACCAUGGAGGAGUGA